CCGUUCGUCCUCGCACUCGUCGCGUUCCGUUCGUCCUAGAAGUUAUCGCGUUCCGUUCGUCCUUACACUAGGAACCCGAGCUAUCUUCACAGCAGUACUUUCCAUCUGUACUCAUGAUUUCCAAGCUCAGAGCACAAUGAGCCAACCAGUGGCGGGUAGCAGCGCGAAUGGCCUCGCAAACGGCACCGCGAGCCCUGGUUGGAGUGAGAAAGGCGCGGGAUGGAUCCGUUCCAUGGACCUGCGCAACUUCAUGUGCCACGAGGCACUCCACGUGGACUUUAUCCGCCACGUCAACUUCAUCACUGGCUCCAACGGAAGCGGCAAGAGCGCGGUGCUGACCGGGCUGUGCGUGGCGUUUGGCACGAGAGCGCGCACGACGAACCGCGCGUCCGCCAUAAAGGACUUCAUUCGCACAGGAUGCAGCUGGGCGCAGGUGAGCGUGGAGCUGAACAACGAGGGGGAGGAGGCGUUCCGCCCCGACGAGUUCGGCCCGCGGCUGACAGUUGAGCGGCGUAUCAACGACAAUGGCUCCUCCACGCUCGCGCUCAAGGACUUCCGAGGCAGGAAGGUGCGCGGCAAGAGGGAGGACCUGGACGAGCUCACAGCGCACUUCAACUUAGAUGUGGACAAUCCAUGCAUAGUCAUGUCGCAGGACAAGAGCCGCGAGUUCCUACAUUCCGGAACGCCCAAAGACAAGUACAAGUUCUUCGUAAAGGCCACACUCCUAGAAAAGGUCUCGGCGCGUCUAGCCACCAUCUCAGCACGACUCGUGGUCUGCAAGCGGCAGCUGGCGGAAGCAGAGGAGAAGCUGGGGCCCCUGGAGGAGAAGGCAAGACAGGCGGAGCAGCAGCUGCGGGAGGUUGAGGAGGCGGAGAGCCGCGGGCAGGAGGCGGAUCGGGUGAUGAAGCAGCUGGCGUGGGCGUACGUGCACGAAGCGGAGCAGGAGGCGGCGGACGCGGAGAGGGGGAAGCGAGAGGCGCAGGAGAGGGUGGAGGAGUUUGAGGGACGGCUGGCUACCGCACAGAGUCGGCUGGAGUCGGUGCAGCAGCAGAUAGAGCGGCACAUGGGGCAGGUGAACGGGUGCAGCAACGAGGUGGAGCGAGUCAAGGCCGAGCAAGGCCAAUUCCGCCAGCAGCUCGCGCAGGCGUCCCGGCAGCGCGGGGCAGUGGAGGCGGCGUGUGGGCGGCACGAGCGGGCGGUGCAGGAGAGGAAGCGGCGCUCAGAGGAGCUGAGCGGCCGCAUCCAGGACCUGCAGGAGCGAGCCAGCAGGAGCUCGCAGGCGCAUCGGUCGCAGCGCGAUGCUGAGGUGGCAGCGAAGCAGAGCCUCGUGGAGCAGGCCAAGGAGAGACUUGACAGUGUGAAUCGCGAGCUGCAGACAGCUCAGGGGAGCGUGAGGGAGAGCGAGGGCGAGCAGGAGGCUCUGAUGAAACAGGAGGAGGAGGCGCGUGGCAGGGCCAGGGACGUGCAGGCAUGGCUGAGGAGGCGGCGAGUUGAGGCCAGCGAUAAACUGAGGGCGUUCGGCGGGGACAAGGUGGCAUUGCUGCUGAGGCAGAUAGAGGAGAACAGGAGGAGAUUCAUGCGGCCUCCCAUAGGGCCCAUCGGAGCUCAUUUGUCCCUGGAGGCGGCGCAACACAGCAUGGCGGUGGAGGUGGGGGUGGGGCGGCUGUUGGACUCGUUCGUCGUGUCGUGCCUGGCGGACUACCGCACGCUCAAGCAGCUCGCAGCCUCCAUCAACUUCAACAACCUCACCGUCAUAUCUUACGACUUCAACCUCCCCCCCAUAGAGCCUCCGGUGCACGGCCUGCCCCCGGAGGGCCUUGUGACGGUGCUGUCAGUGCUCAACAUCGCCAACCACGUCGUGCGCAACGUGCUCAUCGACCAGGCGCAGGUGGAGUCGACGGUGCUGGUGCCCGGCUUUGACGAGGGCAAGGAGGUGGCAUUCGACCGCAGGCUUGCAGGGAGAGUCAAAGAGUGCAUCACUCAAGACGGCAUGCGCCUCUUUCUCCGGGGGAACCAAGAGGUCAGCUUACCCCGCAACCGCAACCUGCGAGGUGGGAGGCUAGGCUGCAACCUGGAGGAUGACGAGGCCAAGGGUCGGGAGGAGGAGGAGCGUCUAGAAUCCUCCGCAGAGGAUCUCCGGCGACAGAGGGAGGCACGGGAGGGGGAGGUGAAGGGGCAGCGGGCGCGGCUGCAGCAGCUGCUGAUCGCGCAGGGCGAGGCGGAGCGGGCGGUGCGCUUGGCGCAGAUCGAGUUAAGGGAGGUGCGGCAGCAGAUGCUGGCGGCGGAGCAGUACGAGUCGCAGGUCAACGUGUCGGACCUGGAGGAGGAACUCGAGCGUGUGGAGGCGGAGGCAGAGGCGGAGCGGGCGGCGUUGGAGGAGGAGAGGGGGCGAUUGGAGGAGGCGAAGGAGGAGGAGCAGAAGGUGCUGGGCAACAAAGGGCGACUUGAGGAGGAGCUGGGGGCAUUGGACGAGGCGCUGGGAGCGGCCAUGGAGCGGAUGGAUCAGCUCACCACGCAGCAGCGCAAGAUGCAAGCGGCGGUGAAGCGGCUGUCAGACGAGGUGCAGCGUGUGCAGCAGGCCGUGGCGGCCUGCGACGCCGAGAUAGAGGCCAAGAGAAGCGCGGCACAGUCGAAGCGGCAGCAGGCGAUGGUGGUGUGUGAGGAGGAGGAGGGACAGCAGGAGGAGGGCGAGGAAGCACUGGACUCAGAGGAGCUGAGGAAGCGCCUAGUGCGCCUCCACGCCGAGCUGCCCCAGGACUACCAGGCCGUGCUGGCGCCUGAGCGCAAGGAGGAGCUGCAGCACCGGGCGCAGAAGCUGAGGGGGCGGCACACCGCCAUGAUGAACACCAUCAGGCUCACCACCAUCCGCCACGAUUAUCUGGAGCGGUCGUUGGGGGUGCGCGUGAAUGCUCUCCGCACCGACUCCAACCUGCUGGGGCAGAGCCUUGACUGGACGUUUCAGGACCACCUGAGCAAGAAGCGGUUCAAGGGGCAUGUGGUGGUGGACCAUAACGCAGGCACGCUCACACUGGAGAUCAAUACAUCCAAUGGCUCUGUCACUGACAUUAAAGCCCUCUCUGGAGGGGAGCGGUCGUACUCGACGCUGUGCUUUGCGCUGUCGCUGCACCAGCUCACAGAGGCUCCGUUCAGAGCCAUGGACGAGUUCGAUAUCUUCAUGGAUAACAUCACACGCAAGAUCUGCCUUCGGCACGCUGUAGAGUUUGCCAUUGGCAAUGGCAGCCAGUGGGUCUUCAUCACUCCACAUGACAUCAGUGAAGUGGAUGCAGGGCCUCAAGUAAAGAAGCAAAAGAUGGCUGCGCCUCGGCCCACUUCCUAGGUCUACCACACUAACCCAACUUAAAAUUUGAGUGCUUUCUAAUUCCCUAAGCUUUUGUCCAUAGUUGUCUGCCUUGCUUUCACAUGAGUUUUUAGCUUUAUGUUGUAUGUUGGAGUAGUUUGCAUGGGUGAAAAUUCUAUUGGGAAUGUCCGCAAGAAGCUUGUGCUUCUCCUAUGAAUUUCAUAUGCUAAAGAAAUAAGUUUUGUAUGU